CGUAUAAAAUCACGGAUCGCCCAGGUGGCGCAUUUCCCUAUAAGAACCACCGGCCAAAUUCCGCAAUUCCGAAAUUCAAAAUCAUAGCGCUGCGAAGCCCUUGAACUUUCCCUCCAAAACGAUCGUUUCACUUGUAAACCCGUGAGCGAAGAAAUGGUCGCCGCGAUCAGCGGAGGCUUCGGUGGCAGGAAAGGCGGAGGGAGGAAGAAGGUGACUAAAUCGUCCCGGGCUGGCCUGCAAUUUCCGGUGGGUCGGAUCGGCCGUUUUCUGAAAGCCGGUCGCUACGCCCAGCGCAUCGGCGCCGGGGCUCCGAUUUAUCUGGCUGCUGUUCUCGAAUACCUCGCUGCUGAGGUUCUGGAAUUGGCUGGGAAUGCGGCACGUGACAACAAGAAGAGUCGAAUCACCCCGCGGCACGUGCAAUUGGCAGUGAGGAACGACGAGGAGUUGGGAAAGCUUUUGAAAGGAGUGACCAUCGCCAGCGGCGGUGUGCUUCCACAUAUAAACCCCGUUUUGCUUCCGAAGCCGACCUUCAACGGCGGUGAUGCCAAAAAGAAGGCUGCCAAGUCUCCCAAACCCGCCAAGAUCGUCGCCGAUAUCUGUUCCGCUCCCGCCGCUGAAAUUGCUCCCAACCCGCCUGCGGCGGUUGCCGAUUCAGCUUCUGAUGUUGCGGAAAAUGUCCCCAAUUCCCCCAACGCCCCGAGGAGCCCGUCGUCUGAUGUUUCUGGUUUAUCAACAACUACAUGAUCAUGAAUGUCAGUGACUGAGUAGGGAAGUUAGGUAAUUUGGUCUGUGUUUUGGAUUUUGGUUAAUGGGUAAUCACUGGUUUAGUGAGUAGUGCUCAAAUGGGACUUGUAGAGGGUUGGAUAUACUCUGGGCAGCCUCCAAUGGAUUUUUCUUGCUUUUGUGAAUGGAAAUGGUGAUCAAAAUGCAACCUUUUUGGUGAAAAGUUGACUUUUCGAA